CGGGGGAAACAUAGGUUUGGAAUUGCAGGAAGAGUGGCCUACCUGCCGAGCACAACGUCCUUCAGCGUCUUCCUCAGGAGAACAGGCCUGCGCGGAGUCCGAGUCCAGCAACUUUUACCUCUGCCCAGUCACCAUGAAUUCAAGUGAGUUUCGAAGGAGGGGGAAAGAGAUGGUAGAUUACGUGGCGAACUACAUGGAAGGCAUCGAGAGUCGCCAAGUCUACCCUGACGUGGAGCCCGGCUACCUGCGGCCCCUUAUCCCUGCCACCGCCCCCCAGGAGCCAGACACGUUUGAGGAUAUCAUCAGUGACAUUGAGAAGAUAAUCAUGCCGGGGGUGACCCACUGGCACAGCCCCUACUUCUUCGCCUACUUCCCCACAGCCAGCUCGUACCCGGCCAUGCUCGCCGACAUGCUGUGUGGGGCCAUUGGCUGCAUUGGCUUCUCCUGGGCUGCCAGCCCCGCAUGCACAGAACUGGAGACGGUGAUGAUGGACUGGCUUGGGAAGAUGCUGAAGCUGCCGGAGGCGUUUUUGGCUGGAAGUGCUGGAGAAGGAGGAGGAGUGAUCCAGGGAAGUGCCAGUGAAGCCACGCUGGUGGCCUUGCUGGCUGCUCGAACCAAAGUGAUCCGCCAGGUGCAGGCGGCCUCGCCAGAGCUGACACCGGCCGCCAUCAUGGAGAAGCUGGUGGCCUACGCCUCUGAUCAGGCACACUCCUCGGUGGAGAGAGCGGGCUUAAUUGGUGGCGUGAAACUCAAAGCCAUCCCUUCGGAUGGCUGCUUUGCCAUGCGAGAAUCUGCCCUGCGGGAGGCCGUGGAGAGAGACAAGGCAGCCGGCCUGAUUCCAUUCUUUGUGGUGGCCACGCUGGGGACCACAUCAUGCUGCUCCUUUGACAAUCUCUUAGAAGUCGGGCCUCUCUGCAACAAGGAAGACCUGUGGCUGCACAUUGACGCGGCCUACGCAGGCAGCGCCUUCAUCUGUCCUGAGUUCCGGCCUCUUCUGAACGGAGUGGAGUUUGCAGAUUCUUUCAACUUCAAUCCCCACAAAUGGCUUCUGGUGAAUUUUGACUGUUCUGCCAUGUGGGUGAAAAAGAGAACAGACUUAACGGGAGCCUUUAAACUGGACCCUGUUUACCUGAAGCACAGCCAUCAGGACUCAGGACUCAUCACUGACUACAGGCACUGGCAGUUACCCCUGGGCCGAAGAUUUCGCUCUUUGAAAAUGUGGUUUGUUUUUAGGAUGUAUGGCGUGAAAGGCCUGCAGGCUUAUAUCCGAAAGCAUGUCCAGCUGUCUCACGAGUUUGAGUCAUUAGUGAGCCAGGAUCCUCAUUUUGAAAUCUGUGCAGAAGUCAUUCUGGGGCUCGUCUGUUUUCGGCUAAAGGGUUCCAACAAAAUGAAUGAAGAUCUUCUGCAAAGAAUAAACAGUGCCAAAAAAAUCCACUUGGUUCCUUGUCACUUGAGAGACAAGUUUGUCUUGCGUUUUGCCAUCUGCUCCCGCACCGUGGAGUCGGCCCACGUGCAGCGUGCCUGGGAGCACAUCAGGGAGCUGGCCUGGGAUGUGCUGAGAGCUGAGCGGGAAUGAAGGCAGGGCCAGUUGCAGAAAUGAAAAGUUGAUGAGAAGUAUAUCUGAAAACGAGAGAGAGUAAAGUCAACCUCAUCCUGGCUCCUGUAUGUGGCCUCACGUGCCUUUCUCCACAGUUACUCAGAGACUUGUGGUUACAUCUCUUCAGUGUCUUGCCAAUGAAGAAAUAGUAUUUGCUAUAUGAAAAGUUAAUUCCAGUGGCUACAGUUUUUAUUCAUUAUUUGGCUGUGAUCUUUGUUGAUUGAAAAUUGUGCACUUUCAUGUUCUUGAAGUUAGCAGUUGUGGUUGGAAAGGCUUAUUGAAUUAUUGUCCAGUCUCUGAUCACGUGACUCGAAAUUGUACCUGUGGUCUUUAAAACAUCUUUUGUCA